CACACACACACACACACACACACACGUACGCACCGCGCACACGUCGCUCUAAUGUGACAGCAGGCUACAACACCCUCUUCGCGUCUCCAGACAUGACUCUAUCGAGCUUGUGGGCGAGAAUGUGAGCGAAGGGAGAGAAGCAGUGGGCGAAGGGAGAGCACAAAAACACAGGAUGUGGGUCACAUUGCGGCGAGUCGGCGGACUGAGAGAGGGUCAUCGUCUUCGUCUUUUGCAUCUCGUCUGUCUCCGUCUCUAGUUUAAAAAUACGUUGCCAUGGCUUCAUCAGAAAAAUUCUCUCCGGAUUCUUCCCCACCUUACCUGAUUGCCACCCAGGGACCGACUCAAAACACAUGAACAGAAAUUUUUUGAUGACCAACGGCACCCCCUUAUGCCUCAUUGGACGAACAUGUUACUCGCUUUGUAGUAGUCUUUAACUGAUGUCUAAAGGCCAACUGAAACGUUGUGGUUUUGUGCCGGUAUAGCCAUACAUUUCAGUUGCUGGUAGUUAAUGUUAUUGCUGUAUUUAAAAAAAAAAAUUUUUUGCUAUGUGAUGCUUCAAGUAAUCUAAGUAAGUUUAGGUAACCGCUGCCAUCCCACAAUGUUUGAACAAAAGAAGUGGAACUUCUGUUCGAUAAAGGUCAUCUUCGGCCUGUUUUGUCUGUGGACUGUGGCGUUUUUGAUGUUCUUCGCUCGUCACCGGCACAUCAAAAUGGCUGAUGUUUCCUUGAGAAGUGACCGCCUGUCUCCGACGACCCAAGCAGCGUUCAGAGACAAUCCAAGUUUGGAGCAGCAGGGAGGAGUCCUUCCCAGACAGGAAUGUAUUCAUCCACAACUAAAAGUGAACGACCCGGUGAUGAUGAAGUUUUUCCGUAAGUACCCCCCGCUGACGUGUUCGGGCCAAAAAGACUGGAUUUACGUAGAUAAUGGCACUGUGCGCUUUUCCAAACCCUUACAUGGGAAAAAGAACAACUUCACGUGCGACUACUAUCCUCUGGUCAGAGUCGGCGACUAUGAAUACAAGUGGGGACUCCCACACGUGGACAUCAAAGAUGGAUUUCCCAUGACAUCCGAUUUUUUCCGCGCCGUGUGCAAAAGGGGGACGCGUGAGCAGUACGAAAAUAUCCACGCGGGGGUGUCUUACUCCAAACAGAGGACUGAAAGACCACGUGACCCGCUGAAGUCUGGGUUCGAAGGUUUGAGCAUAGCCAUACUGGGCUUUGAUUCGAUGUCUCGGAUGUCCUGGUUGCGACGGCUGCCCAACACGAGGAAGUAUUUUCACGACGAGCUAGGAGCUAUUGAGCUGGAGGCACACAACAUUGUCGGGGACGGGACCACGGCUGUCAUGUUUCCCAUGCUUACCGGCAAGUUCGAGUGGGAGCUGCCAGAAUGCAGAGUAAAUUUUAAGGGCGCCACCACCCUGGACAAGUUCCCUUUCAUCUGGCACGACAUGAAAAAGGCGGGCUACUUGACGUCAUGGGCGAAUGCCGCCCCUAAAAGCGCCCCCUUCAACUGGCGUAUGCUCGGCUUUAAAGAUCAGCCCACCGACUUCUAUCCCCGCCCCUUCUACCUGGCGGCCACGCCUACUUUCAAGCGCUUCACCUCGCACUGCUUGGGUUCUCAGACUCAGAGCAAAGUGUGGCUCAACUGGUUCCGAGACAUCUUCCUCAUGUACCGGCAGCAGAGGAAAUUUCUGUUCCACUUCAUCACUGACAUGAGUCAUGACGAUAAUAAUCUGAUGACUCAGAUGGACGACGAUAUCCGAGACGUGGUGAAAUUCCUACACGAUGGCGGGUACCUCAAUCAGACAGUCCUCAUUCUGAUGGGAGACCACGGAGCCAGGUACAAUAAGGUACGAUCGACAUGGUCUGGCAAGCAGGAAGAACGCCUGCCCUACUUUUCGUUCCUCUUCCCGCCUUGGUUCGAGCGCAAGUAUCCAGACGCCAUGAGAAACCUCAGAACCAACACCAAACGACUGACCACGCCCUUUGACCUGCACGAAACCUUUAAAGAUUUCUUAAAGUUCUCCGGUGCCGGAAAGGGAAAUGUGUUAGCCCGCGGCAUCAGUCUGUUCAAAGAGAUUCCUUUGGAGCGCUCGUGUGAGCACGCGGAUAUAGCCCCGCACUGGUGCGCAUGUCUGGCGUGGAAAAACGUGCCUGUGGGUGACAAGGACGUUGUGAAGGCCUUGGGCACCGCUCUCUUGACUAUCAACGGUUUCACGAAGGAGUACCGUUCCUACUGUGCCUUACUGGCCGUCGCUAACGUCACCAUGGCAACCAAGCUGGAAACGAGAGCGGAAGUGUUGAAAUUCAAGAAAACUGACUCGAACGGGGGGAUAUAUGCCAUCGACAUGAGCGACAAAAAUAAAAACGAAAUGGCGCUCUACCAGCUGACUUUUAUAACGACGCCCGGCGGGGGUCAUUUCGAGGUGACCGUCACCCAAGACGUAAUCAAAGGUAGCUUUGACUUGACCGAGAAAGAGAUUAGCAGGAUCAAUAAAUACGGAGACGACCCGGCCUGCAUCCUCGACAAGAACCGUCAGAUCAGGCAGUACUGCUACUGCAGCAGAUCUUGAUGGACGUCGAGUGUGUGUCAUAAUUACUCUCCGGUUCGAGAUGUGUUCCCACGUGUGUAUCGCUGACACUGCUGGAAAAAAUACUCGGAGAAAUCAAUUCUGCUGUCAACGAAAUUGUUUUCAACUGUAAAAUCUUCUUUUUUUUUUCUUUGUCCAUCCAAUAAUUCGAAUACGAUGUGCAUAGUAUCAGUUUGCUAGAGCUAGUUAAACCAACAACCUUAAUUGAAUUUUGAAUUUCCAACUUCCCGAAGAUAUUGCACCGGGUGACGCAAAAAUAUGUCCGCAUUAAAAUUCAAAUAAGUCAAACAAUUUUUACGUAUUCAAAUAAGAACUUUGGAAUUUUCAAAUCUAUUUAUUUGAACAAGGUGUGUCAAAAUUGUAAAACAAAUUGAACAAGGCAUUUUAAAUGGGUACUUUAAAACCCCCCACCAAAAUUUGAGUUUUUCGAGUAAAAAGAAAACCUGGCAAUUGAUGCAGCAAAUUUGUAACACGUUGACAUGCUCAGUAAAAAGCCUUGACACUUUUGAAUCAAUAAUUUAAACAGUUUUUACACCUACAUUAAUUAACAUUAACGUUUUGUAAAAAUUCGAAUCAAAGAGAUGCUUUUAAGUGAUGUGCUCAACAACUUGUCCCUCUGACGGUAAACAUUCAUGCUCUCAUUUUUUAAAGCAACGAAUCACUUGCCCGCACUUGUGCUUGCAGGUCAGCGUAGCGAAUUUGAUUGGUAAUGUUCUCUUUCAAUGUGUUAAUUGUUUAAGAGUGUUGCUGGUAAACACUGUCGAUAUGAAACCGCCUUAAAAAAUCAAACAGGUUCAGGUCCGGGCUGUGAGGAAGCCACUCGCAAAUCGUUGUGCUGCUGAUGACUUGAUUCAAGAAAUUAUUGUGGAGUCAAGUCUAUGGAAUCAUUGGUUGUAAGGGAUGUGGUUUCAAUCUGCUGAAACUUUGCUGCUUCUUAUUGCUGCCUCCUCCUUAAGCACUUCUCGGAUUUGUUGAAAGGACUGUGACGUACCUUUCAAUAAUUGUCUCUUUGGUGGUCUUGCUUUUCUCCUCAAACCAGAGUGGAUCAAUAAUUACAUAACUACUGAGUGCCACCCAGGCUGUGCACGUCUCUUCGCAUGACGUGGGCGCUCAAGGACACAAAUCGGUAGGGUGUUUGAUCCAGAUUACAGACUUUUUAAGAUUUGAUUUGUCUACUUAAAUUAAACCGUAAUUCAUCCGAA